AUCAAAUUACCUGUUCGAUGUUGUUUAUGUUGUAUUUGUUUCGGUGAAUGGCUUCCAUGGCUGAAUCUUCGCCGGAUCCGGAUAAAUGUGUUAAGGAUACAACCUGUAAGUUAAACCGAUAUGACCAAGAGGAAAGUGCAAAGAGAGAUGCGUAUGGAACCACAAACAGGUAACUUAAGCCACAUUUAGAGUGUUGAAUUGGCUGCACAAUUCCUCAUUGUGCGCGGCGUAAUACAUCGACCGGCCCGGUUUUUAUGUGCGUGACGAUCGAUGAAUUGCGCCCUUUUUGUUGUAAAUGUGUUGAAAUCAGUAUGUUAAACAAGCUCCUACAGUAUACAGGCCGAUUAUAAAGUUUUUAUACCAGUUGCCCGGUAGAUUAUAUAAUGCAUGAAAGCCUUAAGUAGUGACAACGACUGACAACAGUGACAGGGUUACCCUUUCACGUUUGUAGUGUGUUUGAAGCAAGACAACUCCGAAUGAAUAAGCAUUUUGUGUACUAUACGUCAUUUUUUAUUUGGCCUAGCAAGGUAAGGACGUUAUUUAAGAAAAAAAAUCCUUGAUUAAAUUUUACGCCUUGUAAAUAUAGAUAUAAAUGUCUACAGUAUUGAACCGUGUUCAGUGGUUUACGAAUACUUUCAUUUUCUGUGACUCUUGCUCAAUUUUCGGUAUUGAACACUUAUCACAGAAAUAUGAGUAUAGCGACAGAGAAUAGAAAACAUGUACAAUAUUUAACUUGUACAUGUACUUUUGUUUUUAGUACAUUCACUUGUUGAAAUUUUGAAAAUUUGCAUAUCUAAUCAUUUCGGUGGAGAAAAACCCGCACAAACCAGAUAAUCUUCUACUGUGGUUAUAAGCAAUUAACUUUCUCAAAGGAUUUUCUUUUAUUCAUUUUCGUUCCUGUUGCUCAUCCUUUUCCAACCCAACUGGGGGCGAGAUUAAAGGUGACCAAUAAAAUAAGAGGUUUAGAAUGGUGCAGGUCAACCAAAGUUAUAGUUGUCACUCAAGGCUGAUGACCAGAGAUUUCUCCCAGCUCUGAUGAGCAUGAUCCCCAGUUACUUUCAAGGGGAGAGAUGGACAUGGGGGUACCAAAUACCUAGACUGUGAGCAGUCUCUUAUUUUUCUUUGCAAAGUUACUGCACGCGAAAGCUGAGGACGUGAGCGACAAAGCCGUGAGCCUCGAGAAACGAGGGCAUAAGCGCGAGAAGAAAAAAUAAGAGACUGCUGACUCUUUCGUUUUCUCUGGGGACAACCAAGCUGUCAAGGUAAUUUAAUUAAUCAAUUAAACCUGAGUAACUUGAAACGAUUUAUAAAUAGAACAAAAAGAACUGAAAAAAUUACACUCUCUUGUAUGUUUUGUUUUCCCAAUGUACGUUAUGUGAUAAUACUCAGAGAACUGUUUCUUUCAAAUUUCUGAUUAUUGUCAUCCAUAUGUGUGCAUAAUUUCUGAUAAAACGAUGAGUCAAAUUCCCCUGAGACCUCUAUUGGGAAAACAAACAUACAAGCUAAAGAGUUUUGAUUGUAUUUUUGUUUCCUGUUUUUUUGGGGUAUGGUUUAUGAUGAUGAGCGUUGAAAAACAAAAAAUAAAAUUUAAACCAAAGAGAAAACAACCUAGGUUAUAAAAUUUUAACCUCAAUUUAAUUUUAACCUGUAACAUAUAUAUAUCUCAAGCAUGUAUGCACCAGAAAUCAACCUUAGCUGAUUGUUAGAAAACAUUGAAUUUAUUGGUACACAGAUUGAAAAGCCCAGUCAUUGGAUGCCACAACAAUAAAUGGUACCAUAAUACUGUUAAGGAUCUUCUUUUAAUGAGUAGGGCAGCCAAAAGGAUGAAUAAACUACAUACCAUUGGGCUAGAUGAUACUGCAAUACACAUAAAAAUUUAAAUUACCAAAAUACCGUAAAAACUCGUGUAUAAGCCGCACCUUUUUGCCGAAAUUUUGAGUCAAAAAUCGCGGGUGCGGCUUAUACACGAGACCAUUGCUCUCAAAGGGAGUAAACUCGCUUGUAGGGGUCACAAAUUGAACUGAAAACCUUCAGUAAAUAAAGAUUAAACAUAUUGAAACCUGUUGUUGAUCAUUGCUUUCAGUAGAAGUGGUGGCUCCUAAAGGAAUGCUCAUGUAAAUAGUUUUUGCUUUUCUCGUGAAAAUGAUACCGAACCGUGUUGUACAAGAUUUCGCUUUGAACAAAGAUUGAUGAGCCGUACUUUCAAACAUUGUACAAUGUAAAUAGUUUUUUGCUUAAACAAGGAAUUUCGUUUUCUAAUAUCAAGAUAUCUGUACCUGUUACUUGUAAAUAUAUUAUUCAGUUUUGUAAAAUACAGUCUUCACAAGUCCAGCAUUUGUUUACUUGUGUCCUUCUCUGGUGUCCAGACUUCCCUCGUCAAAUAAACGCGUGGUUACUAAGCAAUCGUUUAGUAGCAUUCUUCAGCGCUUUAUUUUCGUUCCAUCGUUCCAUUUUCAUUUCAACUGUGGGCUUUAGCAAUGAAGAGAACUGUUGUCUUUUUUACAAAAGCGCAUUUUUGUUUUUUUUUUUUUUUUCAAAAUCAUGCUUGAAAGUUGGGGGUGCGGCUUAUACAUGAGUGCGGCUUAUACACGAGUUUUUACGGUACUGCUUGAAAACAAAAAGCACAAUACCAUAAUACUGUAAACCCCAAUGUCCCCCUCAGGAAAGAAAAGAAAAAAAAACAAAAACAAUUUUUUUAGCUGUUUGAUUCCCUGCUUAUAACUUGGUGACAGCCCUGUCCAUCUCCUCUUACAUCUCUUCUUAUCAUUUUACUAUAAUAUUUUACGAAAUAAUGUACUAUACAGGAGAAGGAAAAAUUCAGACUGUGCUUGCCAAGGCCUCUAUUAAGUAACCACUUGAUGGGUGGUUUGAUCUGCAAUGUUUGCCGUUACAUUACAUGUAUAUAAUGCACCACUAAGAGUGUGCAAAGAACUUUUAGUGUUAGCAGAGUUCUUCUAGGAAGAGAUACCUGUGGUUUGAUUCUUGUAAGUAACCACACAUUUUGGGGUUUGUCCUAAUGGGAGGUUUGGCCAUAGUUAUUUCUUGAAAGAGAUUGCUGUAGUACAACGUGUUUUGGUGGAAAUAUAAAGAAAAGAGAAAGGUUUCAAAAACUGAUGAUGAUUCAAAACCAGAGGAGGUGGGGGGGGGAAGGUACUCCAUUACAUAACCCUUUUACUUACGAGGUGAUACCAAAUGGUAUGGUUACUGAACCCCUUUGGUCUGAAAUUUUAUUCAUUAAUUCCCUCUGAUUUGACUCUUGAAUGGAAUUAGUGUCUAGAUUUGGUCAUUUUGUUUACCAUUCUUCUUUUAGAUAAAUACAUGUAGAACCAUAUUUCAGAUCUGAAAUUUUUAUUAAAGGUAUUUGAAAUAGGAUAGGGUUUCUGACAUGAAUGCCAUGCUGUAUACAUCGAAACAGAAAUUAAUUUUCUUAACUGCAGAAUUACACUGCAUGAAACAUUGAUUACAUUUUGUGUGCAUGUACAUGCAGCUGGCUACAAUGUAGUAGUUUUAAAAUUUUGCAUGGUGGCGACAAAGAUGAAAAAAGCAAUAGGUUUAUAUUAGCAAAACAAAAACUUUGCUGUGCUUCACCCUUUUUUUACAUUUCUUAGCUGUCGUUACACAACUGCGACAUGAGUCAUCCUAAUUUCAUGUGGCUGCUUUUUGGAGUAGGUAGGUUGUAGGUGGGAUGUGGUCCUUUAAAAUUCAACCCCCCAAAAUUGCGCCAACAUUUGACAACUUACAUGAAAUUGAAAGGAAGUUUAAUUUGAAACAGUGCCAAUUCACUUGUUAAGUGAUGUUUUCAGUUCACAGUUGUCCUCAAAGGCAGUAAAUUAUAUUAACAGAAACAACACUAUAACCAUCAAUCUGCACUUACCCAGCCCCAUCACCAAUGCAUUGUUGAGUAGAAAAUGGGAAGGGAUUGGUAGACAGAAGUGUAGUCAACUCUUUUAAAAUAAUAAGUAUUAAUAAUCUAUUUAAAUCUAUAAGUAUUAAUAAAUAACAAUUUUCAGAUUGCACAUUACUAGGAUGAAAUGGCCCUUAUGCGUGAUUAUGUCUGACAAGCAAGUUUCACCACCAAGCAUCGUUUAUAAGCAAAGUUCUUUGCCUCUGCACUUUUUGUGUGUGGGUAUCCUUUUCAACUGUGCUGACUGAGGAAUUCAUUUAUGUAAAACUUCGCAACUUUAUAUUUUGAAAAUGAGACUUGGUGGUGACUUGAAAUUUACUUGUCUUGCGUGAACAUGUAUAAGGGCUAAUUGAAAGAACCUGAGUUCUCUGGGGUACCAUCACAUGGUCUUAAAUAGGAAAACGAAACAUAUAAGAAAAAAAGGUCUGUUACCUUUAAAAGAGAUGAAAAAAGCACAUAAUAUCAGUUAAACUAAUACAAGUCAUGUGCAUAUUGGUAACGUGUAAAAUGUGCUUACAUUGCUAGCUAAUGAAUAAAAGCAAUGCGCAAGCAACUCUCUAUAUUAAUUUUAAAAAAUGGACACCUUUGGGACUUGCACUAUAUGUCUAUCUUAGGGAUUCAUCUCUGUCUUAUACAGAGUGAACUAAAUGGAGCAAAGAAAGGUAUGAACCAGCUCUAAAAGUUUUUUUUUAGUGAGGUGUUCAUUUUAUAGAGGUGCCAGUAAAGAGCGAGUUGACGAUAAACUAGAAUUAAAAUUAUCUCAUUUUAGGUAUGAAAUUCCGGAGUCAAGUGAAGGCCCUCUCCUCGAGUUUGAUGACGUUUUGAAGUCUGUUGGUGAAUUUGGUUCAUGGCAGAAAGCUCUUUUCUUCCUGACUUGCACCUUUGUGAUCAUACCCAGUGCUUUCCAGAUAACCAGUGUGAUCUUUGUAUCUGGGACACCCAAGUUUCAAUGUACAACACCAGACAUCACGUGUGAUGUGGACAAAUGCUGUAAAAACUGCACAAAAUAUGAGUUCAUUCAAAACUACACAACUAUAUCCACCGAGGUAGGAACACCAAUGACACUCAAUGACUUGCCCAUGUAAGGUAAUCCAAGACAGUCUUGGAUUCUGGAAGUGAGGUACUGGAUUCUGGACUCCUUGACUGUGGAAUCUGGAACAGUGGAUCCCAAUAAAGUAUUGUUAGUGGGAUUUUCCAGAUUUCUUGAGCUGAAUUCUGGAUGCCAAAGCCUAGGAUUUCGGUUUCCACAACGAAUAAUUUCCUUGAUUCCAGAAUCUGGAUUACUUUGCAGCUGUGCAGCUGUACAUUUUGACAAUCAAGUCUUUCUAUUCUGGACGCCACAUAGUAAUUCGAUUGUAGCGCAAUCAGAAUGAAUGAUAAAAUAAUGAUAAUUUUUUUCUCUCUCUAGUACAAUCUCAUCUGUGAUAGAGCUUACAUCGCCGCUAAUGUGGAUGCAGGUUUUAUGGCUGGAAUGUUGGUUGGUUCCUUCCUGUUUGGAUUUGUCUCGGAUGCCUUUGGUCGGCGGUUUUGUAUGUUGAUUUGUUCAGUUCUCAUGGUAGGUCUUACUUUAAAGUUAUUCUACAUCUAGAAAUGAUGGUUUAUGGUCAUCUCGCCACCAACGAAAUCGCUACCAAGUUAGUAGCCUCCCACGCAGAUGUUCUUGGGGGUUCGUCACUCGUUUGUCACGCGUUCGUGGGGCAGGAACGCGUGACAAACUCCUAAGAACGUUUGCUUGGGAGGCUAUUAAGUUAGUUGACUCGCCACCAACGAAAAGUUCUGAAAUAAUUGACACAGUUUGAUACCUAGGGUUACUUACCUAAGAUUUUUCAAGUUUUUCGUCAAGGUUGUUCGAAUUUAAAGUCGAUCGUAAUUGACGAUCCUUGCGUCGAACGCUUUAUUAUCCGUUCAUGAAGGUUCAAAACAAUUCUAAGCCAAGUUCUAUCCUUGUGGCGAUUUCGUUGGUGGCGAGGUGACCAGAUACAACAUGAUUAGUUAUUUUCUAGUGCAGUGAAACCUACGUAAAGGGGAAUGGUAUCAGGGGCACCCAACGACAAUUUUCGGGAAAAUAUCUGUUCGGAAGACGAUUUGAGAUCUAGAAUUUUCGGAACGUUUGUUGUAAAAUUUCUUGCUUGCCUGCCUCUCCUAGGAUUUUCGAACAUCUAAAAAAUGGUAAAAUUGCCCAUUUUCAGCGGAUUUUUACCCUAAAAAGGUCACCUAGAAUUUUCGGGAGCCUUUUUUCUGGCUGAAACGGGUAAGUUUUGAUCCCUAUAAUUUUCGGAUCACUAGUCUUUCAGCUAGGAAAUCCGAACAGAUGAAAAAUUUAUAGGGGAUAAAAAUAUGCCCAUAUCCACCGUUUAAAUACCAAAACACGUUUAACAAUGCUAUGUUUAAGUGGUUUUGAACUAUAUUCUCGUUGGGUGCCCCUGUGGUAUCAUACGAACACGAGUGUCAGCAAAUUCCGCGCUUUCCUUUUAAUUGUGAGCUUAAGAGGAUACACCGUUUCUCUCUGCGGGUACGGGUAGACAAACUUGUUUGCCACGUAGUUAUACAAAAGGUGAUCAUGAUUUGCCAGAAGUGAUAAUGUGUGUGCGGGGGAGGACCGUAACGAUACUCACGCUGACGUCACCUACUGAUGUAAGUGUGCUUGCCAGAAGCGCAUUAGCCUCCCUGCAGACGUCCUUUGGGUUUGUUCGUCAUGCCAGUGCGUGACGAACGAACCCCAAGGGAUAUCUGCAGGGAGGCUAGAAAGGCAUUGGUUUUUGUAACAAAAGAUUCUUUCGUUUCUCUCGAUACAAACUUUAAUAACAAGAUCAAUGUUUUUAAACAGUGAUGACUUCUAUACCCAAAUAAGCACGACGUACACAGUCAAGCCUGAAAAACACCAAAAAUUUGAUUGGUUGACCAUAUUUUUCCAAUGAAAGUCGUGUACCACUACCCACCCGUACUUCCUUUCAAAUAAUUUCACGAUCCUCGGAAUUUUCGUGGAAACAGUUCUCGUCGAAAUGCCUUACACGGGUGUCCUCUCUGUAUCCUUAGAAAAAGAGAGAGUGUACAAAGUUGAACUGUAGAUCUGCAAAUCAGCAAAUUGCUUAGAAGCGUGCUCUAUAUCUAGCCCUUUGCGAUUUUCCCAAUCACUAUGUACUCUUCAUUUUCAUCCCGUCCGCCCUAAAGCAGCUCUGUCCUUCUUUCUAUUUGGUUAUGUAUUUUUCAGACAGCAUUCGGCCUUGGUUCCGUUUACACCCAGUCGUUGGUCCUCUUCGCUUUUCUCCGUUUUGCAACAGCACUCUCUAUGAUGGGAUUUUACGUUGUUCAGUAUGUCUACAUUCUGGAAAUCGUAGGCCGUGAUUACCGCACUAUGGUUGGUUUUUGCGCAUUUAUAUUCUGGCUUCCUGGAGAAGAUGGAGUAGUAUUGAUUGCUUACUACAUCCGGGAAUGGCGAAGACUUCUGCUUGUGUUAAGCUGCCCUCCCGCACUGUUCAUUUUCUUGUACCUGUAAGUUUGUCAGUCUGAAAUGCCGACUGUCGUCUUCCUCUCAACAUUGUUAGUUCAUGAGAAGACCUAAUCUCGUUCUCAUAUACAACUCUGUCUUUCGCUGAUAUCUGGGUACGACAUUAGUUGACACCACGACAUUUUGAGCCCGUCCUUUCCAACAUCUAGCGACGUUUUUGACAAAAACGUCAUGUCAACAGCAAGUGUGCUUUUUUCUCUUUCAAUUUGCCUUUUUGACGUUAUCAAAUUUGUAUUGCUAAGUGUUUUUACUCUUAUAGAGACGAUUUGCCUAAAAAUUUGCUCAAAAUCACGGCACAAGAGCAAAAAGUCUACUUCCGGUUGACGUAAGUCCCGGAAAACGUCGCUGCUUAAACCUUAAACUCCCUUUGUGAGAUGGGAAACCUUAUGAUGUACAAUACAACGUUAGGAAAAUAGAUGUACAAGCUUGUACAAAACGGGUUACAGCAACCGCCUUGGUAAACAUUUGAUUUUAAAAUUUCAGACUUCAGUUGAAAACAUCUAUCAAAUCACGCACAGUAGAUGAACAGCCGGGACAUCAAUAAAUCUGGUACACCUUGAGUACCAGAAUAAUGUAGCCCCAGUUGUUCAAACGCUUCCUCGGAGACCCAGGGGCGGAUAGUGGGGGCGAGAGAAAGUCUAAACGGGCUGGAAAAUAUGGCACGAAGAAAAGUAAAGAAAAGCGAGAAGAGCCCCUGGGGACAAUGUCUUACCAGACCAGUUACAAACGGUCGCCGCCGUUCUGCCUUCUGAUCGGGCAGAAAAACACAAAAGUUUUCUGGCACUAAUCAGAAGCCAGAACGACCCCGAGAGUUUGGAACUGGUCUGGUAAGACAUUGUCCCCAGGGGCUCUUCUCAUCGUUCUUCACUUUUCUUCGUGCCAUAUUUUUCCACCCGUUUAGACUUUCUCUCGCCCCACUAUCUGCCCCUGGGUCUCCGAGGAUGGUUCAAACGGUGCAAAUGGAGGGAAAGGGUUGCUAGGAACGGUCACCAUGACUACGGGAUGGGUUCAGGUGCAGGUGCAUGCAGUGGAGAACUCAGUCGACCUUUCCACGGUUUUUUUUUUUCCACUUUUGUCAUGAACAAGUUGGGAAAAAUCUGUCAACUUCGCUGGAAAGGGCGCAUUUGAAAUUAGAAAACGUGCCAAUUUUAAAAGUGAUAUGUUGAAAACUAACGAAGUUAUAACUCCACAAAGUUGCGAAAUUUAUAGACGUUUGUAUGGUGGGGGGUUAGUUUGUGCCCCCCAGCAUACAAACGUCUGUAAAAUUUCGCGUUUCGAAGGAGCUAGAUUUUUGCUCACUUUGAUGAAUCACUGUCAAACUUAAUAAUUUUACUAAUUCUUAGGGCUCUUUCCAGUGGUGUCAACAGAUUUUCCCUAACUAGUCCAUGUCACGGAUUGAAAAAACCGUGGAAAGGUCUUUUGGUUUUCAGAAUACCUAUACGCUUGAAAGUAAUUUAUCUGGCCUCAGUUCAAACAUUGGAUAGCACUAUCCACUGGAGAAAUCACUCUUCAGCGGAUAAGUAUUGGAGAAACCAAUUAGACUAUCCACUAGAUAGUAUCCGCCGGAUAGCGCUAUCCAGCCUUUGAACAACUGAGGCCUGGUGGAUAGCGGUAUUCAAUGUUUGUGAAACACCAGGACCUGUUGUAACUUCUAAUGAGCGCGCUUUCCCAUGUUCUCAGCCUCGUUCAAGUUCCAUUUUCUGAUCGAAGCCUUGAGUCGUCAUCGUUAAAUGUGUUCAAGACUUCAAGUUAACAUGUUAUUGCUUCUGUUCUUUUAGCAUUGUUCCAGAGUCCCCGCGUUGGCUCGUUUUACAAGGUCACGUCAAGGCGGCUUGUAAAGUUUUAAUGAAAUUUUCAAGUAAUAAGAGAUCAACACCAACAGAUCCUGAUCUGUUGAGAAGUCAGCUAAAGAGUUUACAUCGCUCUGAAACAAGUCCACAUGCACCGUCAAGAAAUGUCAAUCACUCACCUUUGGAUCUCUUAAGAACACCACGCAUGCGUAAAAGGACGCUCAUCUUUUGGUUCAACUGGUAAGUAAUCAGCAAAAAGUAGAGAAUCUGGAAUAAGCCAAUCAGGGCUGCGCGUUAAACUAGGUCGUUGUUGUGUCGAACUGCACUGUAAGACUGAUUUGGGGAAGCUAUUGCUGCUCAUCACUGACUUCUAUAAGGUCUCGCGUUAGAAUAGGUGGGUGUUGUAUCAAACUACAAUGUGAGACUGAAUUUGGGGAAGUUAUUGCUGCUCAUUACUGACUUCUAGAAGGUCUCGCGUUAGACUGGAUCGGCGUUGUGUCAAACUACAAUUUAAGAUUGAUUUGGGGAAGUUAUUGCUGCUCAUUACUGACUUCUAUAAGGUCGUGCGUUAGUGUGGGUCGGUUUUGUAUCAAACUACAAUAUAAGACUAAUUUGGGGAAGCCCUUGCUGCUCAUUACUGCGUUCUAUAAGGUCGCUCGUUAGACUGGAUCGGUGGUGUGUCAAACUACAACAUAGGACUGAACUGGGGAAGCUAUUGCUGCUCAUUAGUGACUUCUAUAAGGUCGCGUGUUAGAAUGGGUGGGUGUUGUAUCAAACUACAAUUUAAGACUAAUUUGGGGAAGCUAUUGCUCCUCAUUUCUGCCUUCUGUAAGGUCUCGCGUUAGACUGGGUCGGUGGUGUGUAAAACUACAAUAUAGAACUGAAUUGGGCAAGCUAUUGCUGUUCAUCACUGACUUCUAUAAGGUUGCGCGUUAGACUGGGUCGGUGUGUUAUCAAACUGCAACAAGGGACUGAUUUGGGGAAGCUAUUGCUGCUCAUCACUGACUUCUAUAAGGUCGCGCGUUGGACUGGGUCGGUGGUGUGUAAAACUACAAUGUUAGGCUGAUUUGGGGAAGCUAUUGUUGCUCAUUACUAACUUCUAUAAGGUGGCGCGUAAGAUUGGGUCGGUUUUGCAUCAAACUACAAUGUAAUACUUAUUUAGGGAAGCUAUUGCUGCUCAUCACUGACUUCUCUAAGGUCGCACGUUAGACUGGAUUAGUGUUGUAGCAAUAAACACUUUAAGACUGAUUUGUGUAAGCUAUUGCUGGUCAUUACUGACUACUAUAUGGUCGUCGCGUUAGACUGCAUCAGUUUUCUAUCAAACUACAUUGUCAGACUGAUUUUGCGAAGCUGUGGCUACUAUAAGGUCGCCGCGCCGUUAGACUGGAUCAGUGUUGUCGCAAACUACAUUGUAAGACUUAUUUGGGGAAGCUAUUCUUGCUCAUUACUGACUUCUAUAACGUCGCGCGUUAUAGUGGGUCGGUGUUGUGUCCAACUUACUUUAAGACUGGUUUGGAACGCUGUUACUUUUUUUUCUCUCCUUUUCUGCCAUAUCUUUGGAAGAGUUUGCUCGCAGGCUUAAAUGGAACUAGGUUUCAUCAUGUUUGUUUUUUCUUUCUCUCUUUUUUUCGCAUAUAGGUUAGUUACAGCGGUAGUUGUUUUUGGUUUCAUGUUCUACAUCACAGAUUUAGCAGGAAAUUUUUAUCUCAACAUGGCCGCCAUGUAUAUUGGUGAUGUGCCAGGUGUCCUGAUAAUGUGGAUAACUGUACAAAAGUAAGUUGUGAAAAAAUACAUUUACUAUGGUUUUUUUUUGUAAAAUUACAUAGUGCCCAACGCGUAUGGAGCCCUGUUGCUAAGGAAUAUAGACCCUAACCCUCUAACUCCCAAGGCGGAUCAACACCAAUUUUCUCCUAACAAAAUCCGGACAUCAUCAAGGGUAAGGGACUUGAGAAUUGAUAAAAUCAUCACCAAAGGGAAAAUGCUUUGAUCUUUUGUCAUGUUUCUCAACUAAAUCUUCAGUAAAUUGUACAAAUUGUAUAAAAGUACUCGGAUUUUUUCUUCCGAACAGCCUGUGCCACUUAUUGAAAAAGAGUCUUAUUCAAUAGUAGAGUAAUUUUAAAUACAAUAAACCAUUUGCUUUUAGAGUUUAUAACAUUGCUUGUGGAUCGUGAUACUACUCCCUUCUUUUCCUGUGCUCUUGAUUCGUUUAUGUGGAGAAGAAAGAUGCUGGGCGUUAUGAUCUUGGAAUAUCUUAGUCACGCCGUAACUUUUUGUGAAUAUUCUUGUUUUAACCUUGUUUUUCAGGUUUGGUCGUCGCAUCCCUAACUUUGUUUGUAUGAUUGUCGGUGGCGUGUUUUGUCUAAUUGUUUUCGCUGUUCCAGCCAGUAAGUGUUGGUACAACUAUCGGGGAGGGGGGGGGAGGGAGGGAAAGUUUUCCAAAGGUUCCCUCCCCCCCCCGCUUAACGGGCUGGGCGAAGAGAGGACUGACACCUCAUACUAUUUGAACAGGGCUGUCCUACAUAUCUCUACAUGUGGGUUGAGUUUGUUGUUGGUUUUCUCCCUUGCUCCAAGAGGUUUUUCUGUGGGUACUCCGGUUUUCCCUCUUCCGUAAAAACCAACAUUUUCAGUUCCAAUUCGACCAGGAAUCAGGUAGACGAAGAACCACUCUGUGUGGUUGUGCUACCUCUAAAUCGUUAUUUAUUUAUUUAUUUGUUACAAAUAAACAAAAACUGGGUUCUGCCUUUCCCUGAUUGAUUAGGCACUGAUAUUACAAGGAGAAAGUAGGUAAUAAUCACUUAAAUAGCUCAAGAGAAUGUGUUCCCGGAAUGUUCCACAGUAUUCAAAACUACGCCAUUGUCAUAUUAAAGCCUAUAGUUGAAGGGUAAGCGAUUAGUUAUGGGUAUGAACGAGUUUCUGUGUAAGAAAGUAAGGGAAGAGGUGGGAGAAUUAGAUAGAUGGUUAAUGUCCCCGCAGGAAUAAUAAAACAAGAAAGCUCAAUUCCUUUAAGCUACUUUUCUUGGAAAACGAAACAGCCGGUAAGCCAGGCUUUUCACAAGCAUGGCAUAAUAGUGGCCAAAGCGAAAGCGACCAUAUUGAAAUCCAGCAUGAAAAAUAGUUUUUCAACUCAAAACUUACUCUGCGAGCAGAGGUUUCUCUCUCGCAUGGCUUUUAACUUGUACGAAUGGAGUCGUUCGCGUCGCUUGUCAGUCUCGUAGUUGGUUUGUUUUAUACGACCCAGGAGAAACUGAUAUUUUCUCUUAAGGAUGUUUCUCCUGUGGCUUAUAAACAAACCAACUACACGACUGACACGCGACGCGAACGACAUCGUAUACCCUUAAAGACAUGAAAGAAACAAACCUCUACUUGCAGGGUACUCAAAACUAUUCAAGCUCGCAACUUUCUUUUAAUUCUCUUGGAAAAACAGCAAAGUAACGCCUUCAUUAUUUGACCUUUUCAGAUCAGAAGCGAGUUAGUACAGUGUUGGCACUCUUUGGAAGGUUCUUUGUAAACUGUUCCUUUAAUCUAUUGUUCCUCUACUCCAGUGAAUUGUAUCCUACGUCAAUCAGGUGAGGUUAUUUUUCCCCUCCUCUUUUUCAAUUAUUUUCAUUUCUUCACUUUCCUGUUUUCGUUUUUAGUCCUUCUGUUGUAUUACUGAGUAUAUGCUCUCAAGUAGUUAGUAUAAUCACAUUGAUGAUUAUCGAAAAUAGAGCGCUAUGAUUGGCUAGGAGCUUCGCUUUAUCCCGCUAUGAUCACCGCGCGGUGAUUAUAACAUUGAAGGCUAGCAGUUUUCAAAAUGGCAGCCAGAUUUGUUGAUGUUUCGGAGUCGGAAAUUGAUCAAUAAUUUUAUUUUCUCGAAUAAUCAUCAAUGUAAUUAAACUAAAACAAUAGUCGCAUUAGGCGACGUGAAUAUUGGCGAAUAGUCACCUCGACUUCUUCGCGGUGAGUGGCUCCGGACCGUUCUCGAAAUACCUAGGGUGAAAUAAACGGUGCUCACGGUUUGAUAAAGCUCCCGCCGGGUGUGUGUGUGUGUGUGGCGCGGUGGGGUGGGGUGGGGGGGGGGGGGGUAUUCCCUAAAAUAGACUGAUUCAGCAACAGAGAACGGAACGUCAGUUGACGACGGCGCGCGCAAAUCAAAAAACUGGCUUGACGAAUGGCAGAGCGGCAAAUUGGGCACCGGAAGUCGAGUUUAGUCCUUUCCGCGCUCCUUCCCGUCGUAAAAUGACUUUCCCGUUCUGUUGCUAAAUCAGCCUAAUGGCCUGUACAGGAAGGGUCCGCCACAAAGGGAAGCCUUUUUCAGGGUUCAGGUAUCUGAAAGGGGUAGGGAUUACACUCUGUCAUUGCGGUCCUAGAGAGGGCCUAAACGGACUAACAGAGGAAUCUGAUGGCUUUGAAAAUGGCAAGAAAACUUCCUAGGUUAGUGAUUUGUUCACAUUUAAAAGACGGUGAAGUUGUAGCAGCUUAAAGGGGUGCAUCGUUCUACUUAGUGUGGCAAAAGGGUACCAUUUUUCAAUAGAAGGUAUACGAAAGGGGUACCUUUUCUGUGAAAAUGGUAUGUAAAGGGAUAAGGAGUUGGACAGCGGGGCGGAGCCUCCCAAGGUAAAAUCUUGUUGAGUACUCCUGGGAACUCCCGAGACUAUCAGGAAUUGGUUGAGGGAAAAACCUCUGGUACCCAGGGUAGAUAGAUACGUACUAACACUGUUGUUUUGGAUCAUUAUGAAGUUUCUGGGAAACUGCCCACCUACCCCUCCCCUAAGCCAACAUUUUGCCCUAAGUGAGAAGGAAGUGUAAAUGUUAGCUUAGGGGAGGGUUAGGUAGUCAGUUUCCCCAGAAUCGUAAAAUGAUCCUUUUUUUUGUCGUUGGUGCUUUUUAGAAAUCUCGCCUUGGGCAGUUGUUCAACACUCGCUCGAGUGGGCUCCAUUGCUGCACCCUAUGUCGUUAUGCUGGUAAUUAAUCCUCGUUCAUUCAUUUGCUCACGCGUUUAGUAAUUCACUCAUCACUUCAUUCUAUAGUUUAUCUGCUUUAUUCAUUCGCUUAGUCUUUCACUCCCCAUCGCGGCCCUUACUGGCUAAUUCGUUCGUUCGUUAGCGACGCAAGGCGCCUUACGAGCGCUGAAGGCGCGAUCUACCUAGUGGGAUCGGGGGCAUGUUCCCCCGGAAUUUUUGAAAAAGAACACUCAGAAACACUGUUUUCAGCGUUACUGGAACCCGAGAAUUAGUUUCCCAGGCAAGGUUGGAGUUCACUCAAACUCUGAGAAAUGAUGAGUUAAACAAUUAUUAUAAAGCAAAUCAGCAUUUAAAUUUAACAUUUAUUGUACCGCAACUUGAAAAAAUCUGUAAUUCCUUGUAAAUAAUGACCGCAUUAGUAAAGGGCCGCUUUGUUUGUCUUUUUUUUCGGUAUGCAGAAAAUUACCCUUUCUACUGCUCACCGUCAGUAGAAUAAAACACUCAUGUCAUCAUGCCCGUGGAUUUAACCUUUCCUUGCUAAUUUUUAGAUUUUCAUUUUUCAUUCAAGUCAUUCGUUCGUUUGUUUGUUCGUUUGUUUAUUCAAAUAAAUAUUUAGUGAGGUAGGCAUUCGUUCUUUCCCUCCUUUAAAUUCCUUCCUUCUUCAUAGUCCUUUACACUUUCAUUACUUCAUUCACCUAUUUGCGCUGUCAAUCAUUCUUACCCCUCUUCUCCAAUUAAUUGUUUUUAAUUUUUGUUUUCUGUUAGUCUCAAUUACCUGGUCUCCCUGUGACCUUUCCGAUGCUUAUCUAUGGUGUACUGGCUAUAACCGCUGGCUUCUUGACAUUGUGGUUACCAGAAAGCCUGGAUUCCAAUAUGUGUCAGACAACAGAAGAAGUUAAUCAAGCAGAAGAAUAUUAUGGUUUUAUAUGGAUGGGAAAACGGGCUUUGAACCCUUUCCGGUGUUUAAGGUAA